AUGUCAGUCGGUGGCCCUUGCCUGUGGUUACCUUCCUUAUCUUCGCCAGUUUCUUCGCCCCUGUCUGCAGUUUCAUCCCAUUUAUCCGCAAACCGGAACAACGAGAGACUGUCAUUAGGGCCUAGGGCUAUCUCGCCACGGCUCUCUGCGCAAAAGAAAAAGCAGUCUGGCGUUCUUGAUCCUGUGCACGCUCCUUCUCGCCCCGUCGACAUGCAACUAGCUGGCUACAAGGCUGAGAGCUUGAUUAACCCGGUGGCACAGUCUGACAGCAUGGGGUCGGCGCCGUAUUCGGGGAGAACUGUCUCACCGCGGACUGCGGUCAAUUCGAGGUUGGAGGCGGCAAAACAGGAGAUGCUACCGCGUGUCAAGCUGGAGAUCCCAAGUCUGGAUCAGCGUAUCUUUACAAAUGCUCAGCCCCUGGUCGGGCACGGUGGGCAUCCUGAGGAGACGGGUGUUUCAUCUUUUGCGGCCCCGCAUGACCCAAGGAACGAUCACGAGAAAGAAUCGACAGUCAGUCCUGACGACGAUAAGGAUAUGAUGGGGAGUGAUGACAACGAUUCGUCACCUUCGAGAGAGAAGAAAAAGAUGAAGCGGUUUCGCUUAACACAUAACCAAACUCGAUUUUUGAUGAGCGAGUUCACUCGCCAGGCACAUCCCGACGCUGCUCAUCGAGAGCGCUUGUCAAAAGAGAUACCUGGGUUGACACCGCGUCAAGUGCAAGUCUGGUUCCAGAAUAGACGAGCAAAGCUCAAGCGCCUCACUACAAAUGAUCGGGAGAGAAUGCUCAAGUCUCGGGCCCUACCUGACGACUUCGACACCACCAAAGUUCUACGCACACCCUUCGAGGGCAAGCAAUCAGGUAUCACGCCCACGGCAUCCCCACAAACCUACGUCCCAAAUGCAGAUUUUGCUUCUCUGAGGACAUUACGGACCGACUGCUUCCCCCGAACAAACGAUGAAGACUACAUGGUCUCGCCUCUCAGCUCUGUUUCGACAGCAGGAACCUACAUGUCCUCAACGGGAGGACGAAAUGACAGCCUGCCUCAGUCGAACAUGAUGUUCCGCCCUGCUGCAUCUGCGUCCAUGUCCGACUUACAUAGAACUAUCCAAAACGAUUACCAAACCCCCAGAUCCAGCAGCGUGUCCGAUGCAUCGGCGCAUCCUUCCGCGUAUACAGGUUAUCAAAUGCACAACCGCUUUGCAGGCCAGCCGAACCAGCCCGGUCUGCCAUAUAUGAGACGACCCAUGGAAUACGCAAUACCGCAGCAUCCGACUGGGAUGGGACCAUACGAUCAACGGCAGUCAUUCGAGGGCUCCGUCUCGCCGACAGACACUCAGGGUUCACAUAUAAGCUACGAUAUACAUAGUCUCGGCUCACAACAACAAAACUACCUUGGAAUGAGCUCUCGAUUACCGAAUCAAGGACGACCCAUCAACACCAUGCAGAACCUGCCUGUCUCGGCAGCACCGGAUUAUAGACCUUAUUCCUACGAGGCCACCGCAGGCCGGAUGGGCACAUUACCUUAUACGCACGCAAACACCUCUGCUAUCAGUCUUCCAACUUCGGAUUCAUCUUACAACUACCAAUCCUAUAUUCAACAAUGA